AUGGCAUUCAGAGCGUCAAAUGCAACUAAAUCUUCUAACGUGGCCAGUGUCAACGUUAAGCACGUUGACCCAGAAAACCGCAAGCGCCCUCCUGUCAAGGCACCCUCUAAAGACCUGCCCUUCUUGGCGAAGUCGGCCGCGGAAGGCCCCCUUGAGGAGCUGGCUACCACGGCAAACCAGCUCUUCCAGGAAGCCAAGACUCAGUUGGAGCAGUCUGGAAAUAUAAAAGCGACUAUAAAAGAGACACUGAUCGAGUGCCUUAGCGGCCUGUACACAAUUGCGCUGAGACUCAACGACAAAGCACCGUGUCCAGUCGUUCAAACUGCUCCCGUCGCUGACUUUGCCAAGGAGGUCUUGGAAGAAAUCAGAAAACAGAGUGAUCUUGUAGUUGCGGCCAGAACUGAUAUGGGUGCCGUCAGAGAAACGGUCGAAAAACUCAACGACGACAUUAACAAAAACACUUUAGGCGGCAUCUCAUAUGCGGCAAUGGCCGCAACCACCAAAUCGGAGAAGACCUCUUUCUCCCAGCCUGAGCGGGUCCACUCGCUGAUCGUAUCUUCAGUUGACGCUCAUGAUACCAGUGACGAUGUGAUAGUGAAAAUCAGAACUGCAGUGAGCGCAAAGAUAUCGGGCCUGCGGGUGGACCGGCUCAGGAAAGUGAGAGAUCAAAAAGUGGUGUUGGGAUGUCAGACCCAGGAAGAGCUGGCCAAGGUAGCAGAUAAGCUCAGGUCUGGCAAUCCAACACUACUAAUAGAAGAGAAAGCAAAUAAAGACCCGUUGAUUAUAAUAAAAAAUGUUCUUAGCUAUAAUACAGACGAAGACAUAACGGGCGCUCUGAAAAACCAGAAUGCACACCUGCUGGCGGGGAUACCUGAAGGGAACUACAGGGCCGUGGUGCGGUAUCGACGGAAAGCGAGAAACCCACUCGAAUGCCACGCGGUCCUGCAGGUGUCCCCAUCAGUGUGGCAAAACCUUACCCAGGCUGGCAAGGUGCACGUGGAUUUGCAGAGGGUGCAGGUCGAAGACCAGUCUCCGUUAAUCCAGUGCACACGAUGUCUGUCUUACGGGCACGGUAGGAAACUCUGCACGGAAGCGGCAGACCAGUGCAGUCAUUGUACUGGGCCGCACCUGAGGAGGGACUGCCCACACUGGAUGGCAGGAGAAAAGGCUACGUGUCGCAAUUGUCAGGCGGCCAAACUGGAUAAACUGGACCACGACGCCUUUGACAAAGAAUGCCCAAUCCGCAAAAAAUGGGAUAGGCUGGCCAGACUUAGUGUCGCCUACUGUUAA